UUAAGAGGGAGGAGGGAAGAGUAGACGACUGGGAGAACAGAAGAGCAGGAGCUAUAAGUACCCACCCCAGCCUCAUCCAUUCCUUCCCAGAGCUCAGAGCUAGAGCGAGAGAGAGAGAGAGAAACGAGAUUGCCAGAGGUCGUUUGGCGGAUUAAGGAGUUGUUAGUUGGUUCUAGAGGGAGGGUCUUGUUUGUGAAUGGUGAACGGCGAGGUCGAGGCGGAGUGCACGCGGUCGUCGCUGCUGGGGAGGUAUGAGAUCGGGCGGAUCCUCGGGGAGGGCAACUUCGGCAAGGUCAAGUACGCGCGCCACCUCGCCACCGGCGGCCACUUCGCCGUCAAGAUCCUCGACCGCAGCAAGAUCCUCUCUGUCCGCGUCGACGACCAGAUUCGGAGGGAGAUCGGGACAUUGAAGCUGCUCAAGCACCCCAACGUCGUCCGCUUGCACGAGGUAGCUGCUAGCAAAACAAAGAUUUACAUGGUGCUUGAGUAUGUCAAUGGAGGGGAGCUCUUUGACAAGAUUGCUAUAAAAGGGAAACUCUCUGAACAUGAAGGAAGGAGGCUUUUUCAGCAACUAAUUGAUGGUGUGAGCUAUUGCCAUGAUAAAGGUGUCUACCACAGAGACCUUAAGCCAGAGAAUGUUCUUGUUGAUCGGAAAGGCAACAUCAAGAUCUCUGACUUCGGCCUUAGUGCUUUACCUCAACAUUUUGGGAAUGAUGGACUUUUGCAUACAACAUGUGGCAGCCCCAAUUACAUUGCUCCUGAGGUUUUGCAGAAUAGAGGUUAUGAUGGCUCCUUGUCAGAUAUCUGGUCUUGUGGAGUAAUUCUUUAUGUAAUGCUUGUCGGUUGCCUUCCCUUCGAUGACCGGAAUCUCGUUGUCCUUUAUCAGAAGAUUUUCAAGGGAGACUGUCAGAUCCCAAAGUGGCUUUCACCUGCCGCACAGGACUUUCUUAGGAGGAUUCUUGAACCAAAUCCAAUGAAGAGGAUCAAUAUUUCAGGUAUCAAAGAGCAUGAGUGGUUUCAGAAGGACUAUGUUCCUGUUGUUCCAUAUGAUGACGAUGAAGACGUCCUUCCUGGUUCAGCGAUCCCUAUAGAAGAGCAAACUGAUGAACCAGCACAUGAAAAGCCUACUCAUAUCAACGCAUUUCAGUUGAUCGGAAUGGCUUCUUCCCUUGAUCUUUCUGGUUUCUUCGAGGAAGAGGACGUGGCUCAAAGAAAGAUACGGUUCACAUCAACACAUUCACCCAAGGAUUUGUUUGACAGGAUAGAUAAUGUAGUGACAGAGAUGGGAUUCCAAGUCCAGAGGGGACCGAGCAAGCUCAAAGUCAUGAAAAACUGCAAAGGUUCCAAGAACCCCAGGAAUCCUUCAUCAUUUUUGGUGUGUACUGAGGUGUUUGAGCUUGGGCCAUCUCUGUAUGUUGUUGAACUGAAGAAAUACCAUGGAGACCUUACAUUGUAUAGACAGCUGUGUGAGAGACUCUCAGAUGAGCUUGGGGUGUGCAAGACGGAGCAGACUGUGAGGAUGGAAUCGGUGGAUGAUGAUUUAUCGAGCUUCGACAACGAAGCAUCUCUGUCUGGUUUCUGAUCGGUGCUCUCCUCGUCGUUUUGGGUACAGGGGAUGAGGAACAUGUCCGUUCCGGACGCAAUUCUAGAUUAGGAUCAUGCAUUUAAUGUACAAAGCGAGUGGCGCAAAUUAGCCACCGGGUUGAAUAUAUAUACAUGCUGGACUACGGGUGAAAUCGGAUCGGAUAUGGACAUAUAUAUAGCUCAUCUUGUAUUCUAUUAUAUAUUUUUUCUCAGAGUCCGGAUGCCAGAUAAUUAUUUCUGCAUCAUGUAUCCUAUCAUAUAUUUUUUUCUCGUAGUCGGAGUCCGAGUAGAUAGUGCUGUAAGCUUUUAGUUAGUCGGAUAAAUGAAAAAAUUUCACAUCAUUUGCAUCUUCACAUAACAUAUUAAAUAGUAUAGAGGUGCAAUUAAAAUAAGCACUAAGAUGUGAAAAUAAAAAUAUUCAAAAUGGAUAGGUAUAUUAUACAGCUAGCUAUAAAUUUGUAAUUCUGUAGCCAGGGCGUCCGUUGAGUCGGGUGCGUUUUGAAUGUGGCCGGCCUGCAUGCAUGCGACAUUAAAUGCAGGUUUCCAAAUGAGAGUGCAUGAUUACCUGAAGAACAUGAUUAGGUCGAUUUGAUUCAGUUGUUUCCAAAUAAUGCAUGCACGCCGCCGGGUUUGAUUUCUCGGCUAGUAUGCAGAUUAAUGUUAGCUUUCUCUGAUCAACAAGAAGUUCAGCACACAAACGUUCUCUGAUCAACAAGAAGGCCUGCAUGCAUGCGCGAUAUGGUUUGAUUUCUUGGCGAGCACACGAACGCGCAGGCGUCGACCACAUCUGGUUUCUGUCUCGGCGAGAACACGAACGCACGUCGGUUUCUGACCAUAGUGAACGAGGCCAAAGAGGAGACCGCCGCCCGCUGCUCAUCGCUGCCGAGAAGGGGUUUCUUGACAUCGUCGCCGAGCUGCUCAAACACUCCGACAAGGAGAGCCUCACCAGGAAGAACAAGUCCGGAAGCGACGCUCUGCACGUCGCUGCAAAAGAGGGCCAUCGACGAGAGCAUCACCAAGAAGAAACUAGUGAAUCAGUCAGCCUCCAUUUACAGUAUUUCUGAAUACUUGUUUUGUAGGAAAGAAUGGACUACUGACAUUUCCUCAUAGAUAUUGUGAAGGUCUUCUGGACCACGAUCCAUCUCUCGGGAAGACGUUUGGUCAAUCAAAUGUUGCGGCAGAAAUAAGGAGGUGGAUAGGUUUUGAGACAUUGCUGCAGAAAUGAAGAACAGAGGGUAUGAAGGUAUAUUUCAGGUA